GAGGCCGGAGCGCUGUGCAGGGCCGGGGAAGGAAAGGAAACUACAAAAUAUUUGUGGCCUAGAUCUAAAGCAGGAGCCCAGAUGAACUUAGAAGAUAGCAUGGGAUUCUUAGUUUUUCAAGAUCCAUACACACCAAAUCUUUAAUCACUACAACUCCUCCAGGCUUUCUCUGAUUUUGUGAAGACUUAGCCAAACUCUGAUGAUGGAAAAGCAAAGGACUUAAUCGCUUGCUUUGAUAUCAUCUAAUGUCGACAGAAAAGUGAACCAGACAGUAGUAUAGCCAUGGAAAGAAAUUCAAGUUUAUGGAAGAACCUAAUAGAUGAACACCCAGUCUGCACAAGCUGGAAGCAUGAGGCUGAAGGAGCCAUUUAUCAUCUUGCCAGUAUUUUAUUUGUAGUAGGUUUCAUGGGUGGCAGUGGAUUCUUCGGACUCCUUUAUGUCUUCAGUUUGCUGGGGUUGGGUUUUCUCUGCUCUGCUGUCUGGGCUUGGGUCGAUGUCUGUGCAGCCGACAUAUUUUCCUGGAAUUUUAUACUGUUUGUUAUCUGCUUCAUGCAGUUUGUUCAUAUUGCAUAUCAAGUGCGCAGCAUAACCUUUGCCCGAGAAUUUCAGCUGUUGUACAGCUCCCUUUUCCAGCCUCUGGGGACCUCUUUGCCUGUCUUCAGAACAAUUGCUCUGAGCUCUGAAGUGGUUACUUUGGAAAAGGAACAUUGUUAUGCCAUGCAGGGGAAAACUUCCAUUGAUAAACUCUCUCUGCUUGUUUCAGGAAGGAUCAGAGUGACAGUUGAUGGCGAAUUUCUGCAUUACAUUUUCCCCUUCCAGUUCCUGGAUUCUCCUGAAUGGGACUCGCUGAGACCCACAGAGGAAGGCAUUUUCCAGGUAACCCUCACAGCAGAAACUGAUUGUAGAUAUGUGUCUUGGAGAAGAAAGAAAUUAUAUUUGCUCUUCGCUCAGCAUCGUUACAUCUCCCGCCUGUUUUCAGUUUUAAUUGGCAGUGACAUUGCAGAUAAACUCUAUGCCUUGAAUGAUAGGGUGUAUAUAGGAAAAAGAUACCACUACGAUAUCCGGUUACCCAACUUCUACCAACUUUCAAGUCCAGAAAUGCCCAGAUCACCUCUGAUAGAACAUUUUCGGAAUUCCAGACAAUAUUGUGACAAAUGACAUCAAAGUCUGAAGUUUUAUAAUUAUAAAAAAGACACUCUUCAUCAUUCCCCAAAUGAAAUAGCAAAAUAGAGAAAAUUGAGCUCACUGAUAUUUUUAUAAAUCCAAGUCAGAGGCAAGUUGCCAUUGCCAGCUGUUUUAUUCAUCUCAACUUCUGCAUUGUGAAUAAAUUUUACCAAUUUUUCUGUAUUUCUUAUUGGAAUAAAUGGGGCGGGGAGGAAUAACUAUGAGCAGUUUGUUCUUUUUCUGCAUCAGAACUGGGAGAAUGAAAUCUUGCAUUCUCAAGUAUUUCCUUAGAUUUAUUCAAAUCUUUCGUCUUGCCCUAUUGCGUUAGGCGUUGCUUCUCUAGAAGCAGCCAGUAAGUGCUCUCAGCAGGAGAGUGGAUUGCUACCAUCCACAUCAGUGUUUCCAGCAUUCACUUUUUGCUACAACCUCUGACGAAAGCAAGAUGUACUCUUAUGGUGGGAAGCAAUUAUUUAUUUUAAAUGUGAAGUUAUUUAAUCUGACUAUAAAGUAGAAUAAAUGCGAGAGACAAUAA